AGACUAUAUAAACACAUUCGUUAGCUUACUUCCCAUCAGAGGUAUUCCCAUUAUUGGUAAAUACCAGCUCUGCAGAGAAAAUGAAGUGUUUCUUACUAGCCACAGCCAUUCUAUGUGUUCUGGGUGCGCAGGCGGCCCCGGAUCGUACAGCACGUAUCUUCGGGGGAGAAAUUGCUCAUCAUCAACCAUAUAACGCUUACAUCCUUUAUGUCAAUGCUGCAAAUGCAGGAUUUUUCGGUGGUGGUACGAUUAUUUCUGAUCGUCACAUUAUAACUUCUGCUCGAAACAUUGAGGGAUUCUCUCGAUGGGAUAUAGGCGUGGGAAGUAAUGUUUUUGCUCACCUCUCUAUAAUCUCCUCAACGAGAGCUAUUCAGCAUCCAUCGUUCAAUGCAGCAAAUCGGGUAAACGAUAUAGGCAUUAUCGAGUUACCGAGUUCUCUUGUGUUCACAACCAGCGUAGCUCCAGUUGCUCUUCCGCCACUUUCUGCGGUCGAUACAAAUAAUCUCCCUUAUGAAAAUGAGCAAGGGUCCAUUGUUGGUUUUGGAUUCACUACCGAACUUUCAACGGGUCAAGCCAGCUUCCUGAAACGCGCCUUCCAACGGGUCGUUGCGAAUACUCGAUGCUCAAUCACAAAUCCACAGGCAUUCUGUGCCGAAGACGCUGACAGAGCUACCAACAUCUGUGUUGGCGAUAUUGGUGCAGGUUUUAUCACAGAAGUACGUGGACAGCCGACGCUAACCGGAAUUGCCUCGAACAUUGUUGCAAUGUGUAGUAACACAAACCCAACAGAGUACACCCGCGUCGAAUCCCACAGAUCUUGGAUCAACAAUCACACACAGGUCUGAUGUACUGCGGAAAAUACGCGAAUAAAUUUUUGCCCACGAAAAAAGUUGUCAUUUACGUUAGAAAUUAUAGUCAUCGAACAACCUGA